CUUUCAAUCUUCAGAUCUGAAAUCGUAAUAUAAGGUAAACUUUCCACCUUACACCAUGUGAGUAAGAGAAAGCUUGUGCUCAGGAAUGUUUGGUAUACAGGGGUGAGUGACUGCCCUUGGAAAUGUUUGGACUUCACGGGUUGACAAGGCCCCAGCGCCUUGUCCUUGGCAUUGUGGUUCUGCUCAUUGUAGAUCUCAUCUGGGUUGCAUCUUCAGAACUUACAGAGUACCUGUUCAAGGAGAAGCACUUCAAUAAGCCAUUUUUCACAACUUAUUCCAAGACGACCAUGUUUGUGUUAUAUUUAGUGGGUUUUAUUGUGUGGGAGCCCUGGCGAUAUCAGUGUAAAUAUGGUAACGUGAAAGCUAGUUCUACACCUACAGCAGACAGUGGCACUGCUGGAAACUCAGAUGCUGACACAUUGAGUGAGCCUGUGUUUAUUCCAAUCAAAUUUGAUGACAAAACCAGUGGUACAGAAUCUGAUGACUCGGGAGCAAAUCACUCUCUCAACAGAUCAGUGAGAUUUAGCAAAGUCUCUGAAGUCCGCCAGCUUUCAGAGACCUAUGCUGAGGAUGCUGUCAUUGCCAGGCUAUCAUACUCAGCCUCCUUGCGGGCAGAGGAGGCCAGACUACGUGCUAUGAGUAAACUCACUAUAAAACAAGUUGCCAAAAUGGCCUUCCUCUUCUGCUUAAUGUGGUUCUUUGGUAAUUAUGCCUACCAGCUUGCUUUGUUGGAUACUGAAGCAGGAGUAGUGAAUGUCUUGUCCUGCACGUCCGGUCUGUUUACCCUGGUGUGUGCUGCUAUUUACCCCAGUUCUGGAGCUGACCGUUUUACUUUGUCCAAACUAGUGACAGUACUUAUUAGUAUUGGGGGCAUAGUGAUGGUGAGUUUGUCUGACAUGUCGUUGGAGGCAGAUAUUCCAGUGGGCGCUCUUUGGGCACUCUGUGGCGCUAUGCUGUAUGCACUUUACCUCGUCUCGCUGCGACGGCGCGUUGAUCAUGAGGAUAAACUGGACAUUCCAAUGUUUUUUGGUUUUGUGGGUUUGUUCUGUAUGCUGUUCCUGUGGCCAGGGUUCUUUAUGCUACACUUCAGUGGUUCUGAGGACUUUGAGUGGCCAGAUGGGGAGCAGUGGUUGUAUAUAGCAUUAAACGGCAUCAUUGGAACUGUGUUGUCCGAAUUUUUAUGGUUAUGGGGUUGUUUUUUAACAUCAUCAUUGAUUGGUACAUUGUCCCUGAGUCUCACUAUCCCACUCACAAUGAUGGCGGAUAUUGUUAUAAAAGAGGUUAGUUACACAUGGAUGUUUUAUGUUGGUACCAUACCCGUAUUUGUGGCCUUCUUUGGCGUGACUUUCUUAACACAUUAUGAAACCUGGGAUCCUGUACUGAUUGGAUGUAAGAAGAUCCUACACUGUAUUUGUCGGCGGCGACCUGUUUUACCAAGAGUUAGAGAUAUGGACCGUGAACAAACAGAAAGUCUCAUAGAUGUAGCAGGUUCUCACCAGUGACCUCAACUGCUUUAACUAUUCAGCUGUAUUAAUUUGAGUAAUGCAAAAUAUUCAAAUCAAUUAUUUAAUGCAGAACUACAACUGUUUUCCAGUGAAUAUUAUUUAAAAGUGACAAUGUUUGCUCCAGGAGUUGACAUGCC